UGCGAAAAGAAAAUAAUUUAUUGAAAAACUAUUUGAAACUCAUUGAAGACAAUGAGGCGGUUAUGGAGACCACGAGUUGUGGUCAACAAUACUCACGAAGAAUAGUAGACAUGAAAGACACGUAUCGACGGAUGUGUUGGAAGUGUUUCACGCGAUUCAGAGACGAAACCAUUGGUUUGCGGCAAACAUUUCCUGUAAUGAGUGAUAUCGACGAAGACGUGAACUUCUUGUGUUGCCUUCCCGUGGAUUCGUUCGCCAGGUUUACCACCGAUGAUGAGUCUGUGAUCACACUAUCGUUACUUAAGUCAUUAAAACAAUUAAAACGUUUACAACAAUCGGAGUUCUUUCGGAGAAUUGUCUGUAUUUUUAUCACUAUUUGUGUCGACAAAGAGAUCGUAAAAAACAAAUCACAAGAGGUUUACAAUCAAAGAGUUUUCAGUGAAAUCACGCCAUUGUUUGAUGAGUUGAUCCGAGUAUCGGAACAAACAUAUAGUGAACUCUUAUCUGUCUAUAAGUGCGCGAAGUCUUUGUGGACGUCAUCCGAGGUUUCGCUCAUUAAAUGUCGUGAUUUGAGACAAACCGUUGAAUCCAUUGAAACCAAAAUGCUUAGAAUUGAAGAGCUCAAGAAAUCAAAACAGAAAUUAUUUAAUGAAAUGGAAGUGAAAAGCGAAGAAUCGGUGAAACCAUUGAUGACAUUAUCAACGGCUGAAGACUAUGUGGUUAGGGAUCAGGUGUUUGAGGCGUUUGUUACUCAGGAAUGCCAUGAAAUUGAUGUCGAAGUGAAUGCCGAAGAGGAACAGCUCUGGGAAUUCGCGCGCAAAGUAACUCAAGACUCGACUAAUCUGUUCCGCGAACUCAAAGUCGCCCUCAAAUCCAAAGCCGUUGAACACGAGUUAAGGGAAGCGAAGGCUUUGGGAAUUGAACUACCGGUGAACCCAAUGAAUGACAAUAUAAAUAAAGAGGAAGAUGUGGUGACAGCAGCUGAAGACCCAAUAAGUGAUGACAAUACGAGUCAAACACUUCCCAAACAGAGUUUUUAUGAACAAAACAUAGUUUCAACUGAAUUGUCGACCGAAAGUGAUCGGACUUUGAGUCCACAUAAGUGUCGGCCAGAAGGGAAUGCAUUCUCGUUGUCCUCUUUUGAGUCAAACAUCGCUUCAUUUGCCGCACAAAAGGCCAAACAUUUUGGUUUAAGUGAAGGCACCGAAUGUUUUGGCGACGACUCGGACUCCGAUUCCGAGGGCUAAGUCCUGGCCAUCAAAUCGCGUGCUUUAAUACCAAUGUAUUGCUUGCUAUUAAUAAUGAAUGCCUUUUGUCU